AUGCGUCCUGGGCUCCAAAGGCUUUCCAGCGCUCUGGGAAAUGGGGAGGCCAGCAGCCACCGUUCCCAUUGUCCUGCUUUGUGGGAAAUUCCUUGUAAUAUUCCUUCUAAGGGAAACGCUGGGCCAGAGCAAGCAACGAGAGGGCCAAGUGUGUGCCCGAAAUAUGGAGAUCCCUUAGCCUACAAUGAGACGUACGCCAAGCCCCAACACCAGCCAUAUUUGACGCUGUGCCCAGGACCUCGCGUGUGCAGUUCUUACAGGACGACCUACCGGCUAGCCACGCGGCAGGUGCGGAAAGAGAUCUUACAGGCCCACAUCAUUUGCUGCCCAGGAUGGAAGAAACGUCACCUGGGGGACACUAAGUGCGAGGAAGCCAUUUGUCACAAGUCAUGCCAGAAUGGAGGCAGCUGCAUCCAACCAAAUAAGUGCCAGUGUCCGCCUGGCUGGGGCGGACGGUAUUGCCAGAUUGAUGUGGACGAGUGUGACACGCCGCUUGCUCGCUGCACGCAAGACUGCCUUAACACUGCGGGAAGCUACAAGUGCCAGUGUCGGGCUGGUUACGCCCUUGAGCCAGAUGGCAAGAGCUGUCGCCUGCUUCCCACCGGCCAGGCCGUCCCUCUGCUUGGCACCAAAGUACAAACUUUAGGGAUUCAGGAGACAAUCCCCAAUGAGAUCCAGGAGCUUCAAGCAAAAGUGGAACAGCUGGAAGAGCGCCUGGAGCAAGCCAUCUCUAUUUUGCCCACCUCCGUGGAGCCCAGCCAAAUGAAGGAGAUGUGGAACCGCCUUCGUUACUUGACCACGUGGAAUCCCUCAGCGCGCAGCUCCUUUUCUGGAAGAGAAACUGGGAGACUGUGCCUGUCAAAAGAUAAGAAUGGCUUUGGCUACGACCUCACCCGGUGAUGCCCGAAUCUUGGGACUCAAACUGGAUCAGCAGAAAACCAGCUAUCUUUUUCCUACCUCUACGCUGGUGGGUCUUGUCGUUAGAAGCUGAAAUUAAUUCCCUUUAUUUAUGCUAGCGGGCACAGCUUUAUUAAUUGAAAACAAACAUAGCAGGUUGCAAUUCUGCUGGAUUAAUUAAGGACAAAGGCUGCCUUCACAUCCCACUGAAACUUCCAGAUGCACUCCUGACAGCCCAGUGGCAUCCGUCCAGAGUUAAGCCUUUUUAUAGCUGCUUUAGUGGGAUGAGAGAAACAUUGUUUUAGAGACUUUUGGAGAGUUUAAUCAUGGGAGGGAUGGGGAAUUGGUGAUUUGGUAUAUUCUGCACAUUUGGCCCCUUUGGUUCUUGAUGGAGCUCCAAAAUUGAUUCAAGGAUCAGGUUAAGCCAACGAGUUUUGAUAGCUCUUUUAAUUUCUCCCAAUUCAUUUCCUUGCUGAAAUGUAC